AUGUGCGAAAGUUUUGAUUUAGGACUGCCACAUGUAAACAUGAUUCGGUCAUGGUAUAGUUCAAUGAACGGUGAACCAGGUUUUACAAAGGAUGCACUGACAGUUCUGAAAGCCAACGUUACUGGUGCAAAAAGAGAUAACCAAGUUGUUUGUGCACUAAUACUCGAUGAGAUGGCCAUACACAAGCAUGUCAAAUGGGAUGGCAACCAGUUCCGCGGUUAUGUUGACCUUGGCACAGGCAUCAAUGACGACUCGCUGCCCGAACCAACAGAUGCUCUUGCUUUUAUGGCAGUCUUGGUGAACUUACUGGUCUUAUUGGGGAGGAGAAAGCCAACUUGA